AUAAGGAUGAGCAUGAGCACAAAUACAAGCCGAUGCGACACGUUUAGACAUAUUACGGAGUAUAAAUUUACCAAUUAAGCGAUUACGCGAUAGGAAGACCUAAUUUACGGUAGGACUAAUGAUAAAUAAAGAAGAAUUAAAAAAACCAGAAAAACGAAAAGGGUCAAGGUGUGAAAAUUAGACAAAGAGGAAAAGAAGAAGGUUAAACACUAAACAGGGACAAAGACAAGGACACAGACAACAACGGAGGAAAUUAAAGAGGGCAAAAAUUUUAUACCCAAAAAAUAAAAAUAAAAAAUAAAAAAAUUCGAGGAGAGAGAAAAAGAUCGAGAAAGAUAGAGAGAGAAGAGGAGAAUCGAGACAGAUUGAUGGGAUUUGUAUGCUGCUUCUGCUGAUGAUAAGUUUGAAUACAACAACAAAAAAAAUUUAAUUCCCCCCUUUUUUUUUUUUAUUUGGAUUCGACAUUCGAUCUUUUCUUUUUUUAAUUUUUGUAUGAUUAAUUUUAGGUAAAUAAUUCGACAUUUUGAGCUAGUGCCCAGAUUCGAUUCUGUUGAUAAUUCCCUCUUUUGCAUCAAACCCUUAUCCAAAAAUCCGAUUUUUAAUUGACCCAUUUGCAAGAAUUUGAUUAUAUAGUUUUGGUGGGUUGAUGAAUUUUUCUGGGUUUGUGUUAUUUUGGGGGGUUUGAGGUUGUAGGUUUUUUUUCCUUGAUUUUUUUGGGGAAAAUAAGGUUAUUCUACUGAAUGGGUGAUUUUCGAGAACCAAACGGUGUCGUUUUGGAAGAAUCUCCGGUACCAUCAUCUUCUUCUUCUCUUUCUCUCUCCUCUUUUAGCCCGGAAGUGUGGGCCCGGGCCGAGCAGGCGACCCAUGAAAUAAUAUUGCAGGUUCAACCCACUGUUGUAUCUGAGGAGAGGAGACGAGAUGUUGUUGAUUAUGUUCAAAGGCUUCUUAGAAAUUGUCUUGGUUGUGAGAUUUUCCCUUUCGGAUCAGUACCAUUGAAGACAUAUCUUCCUGAUGGGGACAUUGAUCUUACUGCAUUUUGUGGUUUUAAUUUUGAGGAAGCGUUUGCAAAUGAUGUGUACACUGUUCUAGUAGAAGAAGAUCGUAACCCUGCCUCCGAAUUUGUUGUAAAGGAUGUGCAGUAUAUUCGUGCAGAGGUUAAGCUUGUAAAAUGCCUGGUACAGAAUAUUGUUGUAGACAUAUCGUUUAAUCAAAUAGGAGGGUUGUGCGCGCUAUGUUUUCUUGAGGAGGUGGAUCGAUUAAUUGGCAAAGAUCAUCUAUUUAAGCGCAGUAUCAUUUUGAUUAAGGCCUGGUGUUAUUAUGAGAGCCGUAUACUGGGUGCACAUCAUGGUUUGAUAUCUACAUAUGCCUUGGAGACGCUGGUUUUGUACAUUUUCCAUCUCUUCCAUUCAUCUUUGAACGGUCCUUUGGCAGUUCUACAUAAAUUCCUAGACUACUUCAGCAAAUUUGACUGGGAAAACUUUUGUGUGAGCUUAAAUGGUCCAGUACAUGUAUCCUCGUUGCCGGAAAUAGUGGCUGAGAGUCCAAAAAGCAGCGGGGAUGAUUUAUUGCUGAGUGAUGAUUUUUUGAAGGAGUGUGUGAAGAAAUUCUCUGUCCCCUCCAGAGGAAAUGAGACAAAUUACAGGACAUUUAUGCAGAAGCAUCUUAAUAUAGUUGACCCUCUUAAAGAAAAUAACAACCUUGGCCGCAGUGUCAGUAAAGGGAACUUCUUCCGCAUAAGGAGUGCUUUCACAUAUGGAGCUCGUAAACUUGGUCAAAUUCUGUUGCAGCCUCAGGAAAGCAUAGCUGAAGAAGUCCGUAAGUUUUUUACUAACACACUGGAUAGACAUGGAAAAGGACAGAGACCUGAUGUUCAGGAUCUUGUGUUAACACCUGGGUGCAAUGGGUUUGCCCCGGAGGUUUUCAUAUCUGUUGCUGAGUCCAGGUUAGAUGAUACUUGUGCUCUUGAAGAAGUACCUGUCGAUUUCAAUGACCAGUCCACUGGAUAUUGUAUAGGAUCUUGGGAUACACGACAUGGUGUAGUCAGUAAAUUUAGAAGGCCUGGAACCUAUAUGGAGAGGAUUGAAAUUGAAAAUCGUAGGGGUGUAAAUGGAGCAGAUCCUUGUAGAACUCUGCCAGCAUCUCAGUCAUCUGAGAAUGAACUUUCUGCUUCUGCAAGCCGUCAUUCUGGUGAUGCCAUUGAUCUUGCAACAUAUGGGAUUCAGGAUCUUAGAAUAGCUGAUCAUAGUCAUAAACCUUCCCCAUAUACAGAAGAGGAUAAAAAAUCUCCUUUACCUAACAUAGAUCAUGCAUCUAAUUCUAACCUAAUUCCUUCACAGCCCUUUGAGAAUGGAAUGAUGGAAAAUGGAUAUUUAGAUGAUGAGCGGCCCACAGAUUCUUCUCUUUCAACUAUCAGUAAGAAAUUUACUGGACGACCACACACAUGCCAUGAUGGUAGAAACUUAGCAUCUGGGGAGCAGGAAAAUAUUCAUUUAUGCAAUAACCUGGUGUCAGACUCUAGUUAUUCAUCUAUGAACGUGAGUGCUCACUGCUUGGGAGAUUCACAUUAUGUUUAUCGGAAUAAAUUUUCCUCUAAGCCUGCUGGAAGCCAUGAAGCAACGAUACUCCACCCUGACCUAUCAGGGGACGUUGACAGUCAUCUUGAAAAUCUGGGAUAUGGACGGUGGUGGUUCGAUCAUGGGUUGCAAAUGACCAUGCAGCCCAUUCAUCUGACCCUGCCUCCUGUGUUCCCACCCAAAAUUCCGUGGGAUGUAAUUCGGCAUUCGGUGCAUUUCAGGCGGGAUGUUGUCCCACAAAUGAAUGCCUCCAGACCUGCCUUCUUUCCCAUGAAUUCUCAAGCAGUACAUGGUACUUAUAAUGUGGAUGAGAUGCCAAAGGCUCGAGGGACUGGAACAUAUUUUCCCAUAACGAACCAUCACUCAUACAGAGAAAAGCCCUUUGUAAAGGGAAGGUCUCAGGGACAAUUGAAGUCUCCUAGGACCAAUGGCCGUGGUCCAGCAUCUCUAGAUAGAAGCUCACAGGUACAAUCUCCCGGUCGUCCUGGCGUUGGGAGGCCGAAGUCUUCGGAUUACUUUGAAAGUUCACCUAGGGGUAAGGUCUACAAAGAAGUCAAUGGAUUUGUUCAUGCUUCUGAGAAGGCUGUUGAAUCUCUUGCUCCUGGGCACCCGCCAUUGGAAGCCGCCUUCCAAGAUACAGAGAGUUGUGAGCCACUCGAUUCAGUCCCCUCUCCUGGAAGCCAAAAUGGAGAGAGUGUGUUUAUUGUGAAUGGUGACAGGUACUUGAAUCUCUUCCAACAAAAUCAACAAACUUAGGGCUCACUCUGCAGUCUUACCACCUUAAAGACGAUGAGGACUUCCCCCCUUUGUCUGUUUGACAGUGGCGUAGCUGAAAGCUUGAAACCUCAUAGCAGAAACUAGAGGUUUUUCAGCCAGGGGUUUAAUUAGAGGCAUUUUUGUACAUUUUACGAAAUUGUGUUGCAUUAUGUUGAGUUUUCGUAGCUCACAGUUAAAGAGCUAUAUUACAGUUAGGAACCUAGUUGAUGAUUCUAACGCCGUUUUUGGUAAUCCUUGUUGCAUUUGUAAAUAAAUUUUGAAAUGCAAAUCUUGUAGAUGUUUAGUGUAUAACUUCAUAUACGAGUAUCGAAGGAGUGUAUUCUUUCUGAAGCUGGAAUACUGCUUACAAACCCUUUGAUCAAUGUGCUGAUAAUAGUGAGUUUGGGUGCCACUUCCCUGGCUUUUACCAAAGUUUCCUUACAAUUUAGAUUUGA